AUGUUGAACCCUUACGACUCCAGAUACGACGACGUCGGCUCCUACCGUCAACGUCGAAGUGAUCUAACGGGGCCACCGCCUCCGGCAGCGCGGCCUGUGAUGGGUGGGCCACCUCAGAGCUUUGGCCGUGGUAGACCGGCUCCAUUUGGGGGUCCUCCAGUGGGGACCCCACCUGUGGUGGGUGGUGGAAGAGAGCACGGAGGUGGUGUUGGAUCUGUUCCUGGUGGUAGAGGAUUUGGUGGGUACCCGCCUUUUGAGCCUGAGGUUGGAAGAGGUUUUGAUAUUGGCAGAGGAGGAGGAGGAAGAGAAAGAGGGUUUAGUGGCGGUAGAGGUGCUGGUGGCAGAAUGGCUAAUGGUGGUAUUGUGGAUCGGAGAAGUGGUAGUUAUCAGGGCAGUGGUGGUGGAAGGGGUCGUGAAAUUGGGAGAGGUGGCAGUACGGGGAGGGGAUUCGAUGCUAGUCGUGGUGGAGGUAGAACCGGUGUUGGGGGUAGGGGUUUUGAUGGAAAUUGGAGUGGUGGUAAGAACUUUGAUGGAGGCCGUGCUGGUAAUAGGAGUUUUGACGCAGGCCGAGGUGGGGUUAGUGGUUUUAGCAGUGGGCGUGGUGGUGGAGGAAGGGGUUUUAAUGGAGGCCGUGGCGGUGGCGGCAAAGGAGGUAGACAUGGUGGAUCGAGAGGGGACUUGGACAAUAUUGCUCUUCCCAAGCAAGAUUUUGGUAAUUUGGUCCCAUUCGAGAAGAACUUUUACGUUGAAUGUCCUUCGGUGAGGGCAAUGACUGAUCAAGAUGUUGCUCUUUAUCGUGCAAGACGAGAGAUCACCACCGAAGGCCAUGAUGUCCCAAAGCCCAUUCGGAUGUUCCAAGAAGCAAAUUUUCCUGGUAUAUUUUGGGAUGCAUAA